UCUCGCAGCAAUUAUAAGCAUCCAUUAUCCUGUCUCCCAUCCUCCCUGCAUAAAAUUUAGUCAAGCACUCGAGCUGUGUUUUUGUUUCUCAUUUUCUAUUGUGACCCGAAGAGAAGAUGGAGGGAGUGGACUUCCUAGCCGAUGAGAGGAGGAAGGCAGAGUUCGAUGUAGACGCUAUGAAAGUCGUCUGGGCGGGCUCUCGCCACGCCUUCAAUCUUUCCGAUCGCAUCUCUAAGCUCGUCGCCAGUGACCCUGUCUUUAGUAAGGAUGGCAGGACCAUGAUGCCCAGGAAGGAACUGUUCAAGAAUACACUACGGAAGGCAACUUAUGCAUGGAAACGGAUUAUUGAACUUCGUCUUACUGAGGAAGAGGCUGCUAGACUUAGAUUUUAUAUAGAUGAGCCUGCUUUCAGUGAUCUUCAUUGGGGGAUGUUUGUCCCUGCCAUCAAAGGAUCUGGCACGGAGGAACAACAACAAAAGUGGUUGCCGUUGGCAUACAAAAUGCAAAUAAUUGGUUGCUAUGCGCAAACUGAACUUGGACACGGGUCCAAUGUCCAAGGUCUUGAAACCACUGCCACUUUUGAUCCCCAAACAGAUGAAUUUAUUAUUCAUAGUCCUACCUUGACUUCAAGCAAGUGGUGGCCUGGUGGAUUGGGAAAAAUCGCUACCCAUGCUAUUGUUUAUGCUCGUCUUAUAACAGAGGGCCAAGACCAUGGAGUUCAUGGAUUUAUCGUUCAGUUACGGAGCCUGGAGGACCAUAGACCACUUCCUGAUAUUACUGUUGGAGAUAUUGGAAUGAAAUUUGGAAAUGGUGCAUAUAACACCAUGGACAAUGGGGUGCUGAGAUUUGAUCAUGUGCGUAUCCCGAGAGAUCAGAUGUUGAUGCGGGUUUCACAGGUUACAAGAGAAGGGAAAUAUGUGCAAUCUGAUAUUCCCCGACAGAUUCUUUAUGGAACUAUGGUAUUUGUCCGGCAAAGUAUUGUAGCAGAUGCUUCAUCUGCUUUGUCCCGUGCAGUGUGUAUAGCUACUAGAUAUAGUGCUGUCCGUAGACAGUUUGGUUCCCAAAACGGUGGACAGGAAGUGCAGGUAUUAGACUAUAAAACUCAGCAGAGUAGGCUCUUCCCUUUGCUGGCUUCGGGAUAUGCCUUCAGAUUUGUUGGAGAGUGGCUCAAAUGGUUGUACACCGAUGUAACCCAAAAACUGCAAUCUGGUGACUUCUCAACUCUGCCUGAAGUGCAUGCAUGUACUGCCGGCUUGAAGUCUUUGACUACUUCUGCUACUGCUGACGGAAUUGAGGAAUGCCGCAAACUGUGUGGAGGCCAUGGCUACUUGUGUAGCAGUGGGCUUCCAGAAUUAUUUGCUGUUUAUGUCCCUGCUUGUACAUAUGAAGGAGAUAACACUGUGCUUCUUCUACAAGUUGCUCGAGUUCUAGUGAAGACUGUAUCUCAACUAGGGUCUGGUAAACCGCCUGUGGGGACUAUAGCCUAUAUGGGGAGGAUUGGGCAUUUAAUGAACUGUCGUUCUAAAGUUCAGCAAGCCAACGACUGGCAGAAUCCUAGUGCAGUUUUGGAGGCUUUUGAAGCAAGGGCGGCAAGAAUGGCUGUUUCUUGUGCAAAGAACAUCAACAAGUUUGCCAUUAAAGAAGAAGGUUUUUGCAGAGCUCUCCGCUGAUUUGUUAGAAGCAGCAGUUGCUCACUGCCAACUAAUUGUCGUCUCCAAGUUUAUAGAAAAAUUGCAGCAGGACAUCACGGGGAGGGGGGUGAGGCAGCAACUGGAGGCGCUUUGUGCCAUCUACUCCCUCCAUCUUCUCCAUAAACACCAAGGAGACUUCCUUUCCACCAAUUACAUCACACCAAAGCAAGCCUCACUCGCCAAUGAUCAGCUGAGAUCAUUGUACACACAGAUCCGCCCUAAUGCUAUUGCACUCGUGGAUGCGUUUAACUACACCGACCACUUCCUCGGGUCGGUUCUAGGACGUUAUGAUGGAAAUGUGUACCCAAAGCUGUAUGAAGAAGCUUGGAAAGACCCAUUAAAUGAUACGGUUGUGCCUGAUGGGUUUCAUGAAUACAUUAGGCCACUCCUAAAGCAACAGCUGUUGACUGCUAGGCUGUGAUCGAAAAGUACACCCUGCCUUUGUAGAAUACAUUGUUCAUUUUAUUUUUUAUUUUUUCAUAAUACAAAGGUGUCUAGCUUAUCUGCAGCUGUUCUAUGAACACGAAGCCUUUGUAGAUUCAUUUGUAGCUUAUCUGUACGCCCAUACUAUGGACUUGUGUAAUAAACACGUUCUUUCCACCCCUCCCAGUAAAAAUAACAAAACUACCAAAUUCCGACCAAGUAAUAAGCUCACCUUUUACCUAGGGAUGGACUCGGGUCCGGUCCGGGUCCGGGUCGGGCCUAGGUCCGGGCGGGCCGGCGGUUCAGAAGUGGUGGACCCGGGACCGGCCUGGGUAACCACCGGGUCCGGGCCGGGCCGGGCCCAUUAUCAAUUUUUUUUUCCUCUUCCUAAUUAACCCCCUUCCCACCCCCAACCCCCCUCCCACCCCAAAUGGCCCAAAAUACCCAGCCCAACCCGAAAAUUUAAAAAAAUUGAAAAAAAAAUACUCCCUCCGUCCCAUAUUUAACUCUGGUUUUGACCGGGCACGAGUUUUAAGAUAGUGGAAUUUGUGUGGUGGAGAGUUAUGCAGAGGAGAGAAAUGUGUAAGAAUGGUUGUGAACCACAUAUUCUUUACCAAAAAGGGAAAAAGGAGAUAAAUUUGGGACGGACCGAAAAGGAAAGAAUGAAGAUAAUUCCGGGACGGAGGGAGUAGUUUUGGCCCGAACCGGGCCCGGGUCCGGCCGGGUCGGGCCUUGUUUUGGGUGACCCGAGCCCGGACCGGAAAACCCACGGGUCGGGCCUACUCGGACCGGUCACUGACCGGGCCAUCGGGUCGGGCCGGCCCGGAAAAGUACCGAUCCCGAGCCGGUUCCGGGUCGGGCCACCCGGCCCGAGUCCAUCAAUACUUUUACCUAGGGAUGGACUCGAGUUCGGGCCGGGUCAGGGUCGGGCCUAGGCCCGGACGGGCAGGCGGUUCAGAAGUGGUGGACCCGGGACCGGCCCGGGUAACCACCUGGUCCGGUUCGGGUCCGGGCCGGGUCCAUUAUCAAUUUUUUUCCCUCUUCCUAAUUAACCCCCCUCCCACCCCC